UCUGCAAGAAAGGAAAAGACAGAGGAGAUUGGCUCAAACCUCUGGACCUUGUGUUUGUCUUUAGGACCUACUACAGUCGUCUUUAGUGUGUAACAUCACUGGACCCCAGACACGAAGGGGAAUUGCACCACAUCUCUGAAGAUCCACUUCCUGUGGCAGCUCUGGUGGUACUGGAUUUGCUGCUGACCACCAUCCUCCAUAGGUCUGCACUACCUAGGACCUGUCCAUCCUUCCCCAACUUGGUUUUACCUCUUCUGCACUUUAUCUGUAUUAUUGACAGAGACUGUGCUUGGAUAGGAUUUUCGGUGACUCCAGGAUUGAUGAAUUAAUCUUUUUCCCUAUUAUAUCCUCUGUAUCAUCGGAAGAUCAGGGUGUGACAGUACAAUUCUGUGACGUAAUCUGUUAUUGAGACUGAGGUUUUGAUAGACAUUCUUAAUUGAGCCUUCUUGCUAACUGGUACCAUGACUAGGGCAGAGGUUGAAACUGGUGCUCAAGCCAAGCCUGAAAAGAAGACUGGGGAAGAGGCUUUGAGUAGUGCUGAGAGAGAGAGUGAAGUGCCUCUGGUGGUCAGACCCAAGGUUAGGACCCAGGCCUCAGUAACACCUGGGGCAAGGCCCAAAACUGAACCUAAGUCUGUUACUGGGGCAAGGCCCAAAACUGAAACCCAGACAGUGUCUGGGGCAAGACCCAAAACUGAGGGCCAGUCAAAGACUGGAGCAAGGCCCAAAACUGAUAACAGGGCAAUAGGAGGUGCACGUCCUAAGACUGAGACCAAGCUAAUCAAUGCAGCAAGGCCUAAGGAUGAUGCUCAGGCAUGGGCCCACAGUGAGUUUGGGUCUAAGACAAUGUCACAGGUUGAAGCGACACCCCCAACUAAUGCAGUCACAUGGCCACUGGUCAGUGCUGAAUCUGGGUCAGGGACUCAAUCUAUGGAUAGAGAAGUAGCCAAUGUCAACAGUGAAACCCUUCCUGGAACCCAGAGUCAGAUUGGAAUUCAACCCUGGUUUGGACCAGGAGAGGCAACUAAUAUGGGUUCUUGGUGCUAUCCUAGGCCUAGAGGCAGGGAGGAAACCGCUAAUGAGUCUGGAUUUUGGUCAGCAGAUGAGACUUCUACUCUGUCUUCAUUCUGGACUGGAGAGGAAACAAGUGUCAGAUCAUGGCCCAGGGAAGAGGCAAAUACCAGGUCUAGGCACAGGGCUAAACAUCAGACUAACCCCAGGUCCAGACCCAAAUCCAAACAAGAGCCCUAUAUUGAUUCUUGGUCUGGGUCUGAAGAUGAGACUGGGAACCCAUUUUGCUUUUGGGCUGGAGAAAAUUCCAAUAACAUGUUCAGGCCCAGAGUCAGAGAAGAGGCAAAUGUCAGGUCCAAGCUAAGGACAAAGAGAGAGGACUGUUUUGAGUCUGAAUCUGAAGAUGAGUUCUAUAAAGAGUCUUGGUUUUUGCCUGGAGAAGAAGCCAAUAAUAGAUUUAGGUGCAGAGACAAGGAAGAGCCUGAUAACAUCUUGAAAUCCAGGAACCAGAAAGAUGUUAAAAGUGGUGAUAAGGUCAAACAAGAGCCCAGGUUGGAGGAGGAUGUCAUUAUUGGAUCCUGGUUCUGGGCAGAAAAAGAGGCCAGUUUAGAGGCUGGAGCUUCAGCCAUCUAUGAAUCUGAGUCAGGGGCUGAGGGAGGAGCCAUUGGUGGAUCCUUGUUCUGGACUGAAGAAAAGUCCAGUUUGGGUGCUGUGGCCAGAGAAGAGGCCAGGCCUGAGUCUGAAGAAGAGGCCAUAUUUGGGUCCUGGUUCUGGGAUAGAGAUGAGGCCUGCUUUGAUGUAAAUCCCAAUCCUGUGUACAAGGCCAAUUGUAGGUUCAGAGAUUCACCUGAGGAGGAACUUAAUGCAUCAUCUAGGCCCCAAACCUGGGAAGAGGUUACUGUUGAAUUCAAACCUGGUCCAUGCCAUGGGGUUGGCUUCCCAUCCAACCGCUUUAGAAUGCCUGAGGGGUCAUCUGAAAAUACUGAGGGAAAGCCCAAGAAUGUAGAACCUAGCCCAGAAGGGGAAGAACAGGAAUCUUUGUUUCAACCGAAUCAGGCUGAACCUGAGUUCCCAUUUCAGUAUGACCCUUCCUACCGAUCAGUUCGGGAAAUUAGAGAGCAUCUUAAGACCAGGGAGAGUACAGAACCUGAGAAUUGGUCCUGCAGCUGCAUACAGUGUGAGCUUAAAAUUGGGUCUGGAGAGUUUGAAGAACUCCUUUUACUAAUGGACAAAGUUCGUGAUCCUUUUAUCCAUGAGAUAUCUAAAAUUGCAAUGGGUAUGAGAAGCGCUUCCCAGUUUACUCGAGAUUUCAUUCGAGAUUCUGGUGUUGUCUCACUUAUUGAAACCUUGCUGAAUUAUCCAUCCUCCCGGGUUAGGACAAGUUUUUUGGAAAAUAUGAUUCACAUGGCUCCACCUUAUCCGAAUCUAAAUAUGAUUGAGACAUUCAUAUGUCAAGUGUGUGAGGAAACUCUGGCACAUGGUGUGAAUUCCCUUGAGCAACUAACUGGAAUAAGGAUGCUUAGGCACCUCACUAUGACUACUGACUAUCACACAUUGAUUGCCAAUUAUGUGUCCGGCUUUCUAUCCUUAUUAACCACAGGCAAUGCAAGAACAAAGUUUCAUGUUCUGAAAAUGCUACUGAAUUUGUCUGAAAAUCCUAUGGUGGCAAAAAAACUAUUCAGUGCCAAAGCUCUGUCGAUAUUUGUGGGUCUUUUUAACAUAGAAGAGACAAAUGAUAACAUUCAGAUUGUUAUUAAAAUGUUUCAGAAUAUCAGUAAUAUUGUAAAAAGUGGAGCAAUGUCUUUAAUUGAUGAUGACUUCAGUCUUGAGCCUCUUAUUUCUGCAUUCCAUGACUUUGAGGAGUUAGCAAAACAACUCCAAGUCCAAAUAGACAAUCAAAAUGACCCUGAGGCGGGACAGUAAAGUUAAUGUGAUGAUCCACCUACCAGUAAUCAGCCUUAUGUUCCCAAAGAGCCCUGAAUAGUGUUUUGGUGUUCACAGUCUGGUUUUAUGUUGUAACUUAUAUUCUUAAUGCUGAUGUUAACUUGUCAAACUCUUGUUUUGAGCUGAAUCAUUUGUGGAUGCCAAAUGAAUAUUAGAACUGAAAACACAUGUGCUGAUAUUUGUCUUGCUGUCCAGAUUGUGAUAUUUUUUAGUGUUGAGCUUCCAGUGAAGUGAGUCAUAUGAGUAAGCUACCCUGCUAUUUGUUGUUUAAACAUGUUAUCUACUUGAGUCUGUGUUUUCAAUAAAGUUCUAUGUUAAAAUUGG